CAUGACCUUGACAUUUAAAGACAGCGUUGUAUACCGUUUGACAUUUAAUGUGUAAAUAAAAUAUGCCUACAGAUAUCGAAAUGGAUGAUACAGAAGCUAUAUUUGAGGCCUUAAGUCAUGAUGAUGAAGCAACUAGGUUGGAAGCAGUUAAGAAAUGUAUUGAUGAGAAUUCUGAUUGGGCGAGCAGCUAUGAUCGUAAUGGUAUUUCACCACUCCUAUCAGCAGCAAUGUCGGGAUUCCACGAAUGUGUUUCUGCAAUGAUACAGGCCGGGGCUGAUGUUGAUGAGUGUGACUCGAUAGAAGAUACGGCACUUAUAUACUGUUUUGUAGGCAAGAACACGAACCCUGACAACAGGUUAAAAUGUGUUCGUCUAUUAUUAGAUGCUGGGGCUGACAUCUACUUAGGUGAUCGAUAUGGUUUUAAUCCUCUCAUGGCAGCCUGCGGUAUUUGUGCUGUUGAAUGCGUGGCAGAAAUUCUUAAAAGAGGUUACCCAAGAAAACUUAAUCAAAAUGGAACUGAAAAACACAAAUCUGAAGCUUGUGGAGAUUCACCUAAUGACGACGAAGCUGCUUCUAAAGCUGUUGGAGAUUCAGAUAAAGACGACGAAGCUGCUUGCACAGCUUGUAAAGGCGGAUCUGUUGAUGAAAGUGAUACUAGUAGUCAAAAUACACGGACGGAAGGAAAACCAGAAGUCGGCAGAAGCCCCCCAUCUUCAUCUGCAAGUUCAUCAGAAUCAGAUGUUUCCUUUGAUGAAAGUGAUAAUAGUGGUGGAGAUAUAACACCGAUGUAUUCUUCAUCUGUUAGUUCACCAGAGCCAACUGUUUCUGAGCAGUUCGAUCGAACAGAUAUCAAUGUCUCGGAUGGUGCAGAGUGCAGAAACGCACUUCAUCAUUGUCUGAACUCGGAUAAUAGGGGCCCUGAUCAAGUUGCUUGUUUAAAAUUACUUCUGGAUGCCGGGGCUGACCCAACGAUCAAAGAUGGGUAUUAUAGUACAUUGCAGUUAGCAAUAACUUCAUUGGCCAAUAGCAUCUCUUUAGUGAAAAUCUUGCUAGCAGCUGACGUACCAUUUAAUGCAACUAAAGAUUUUCUUGAAGCAAUAAUAGUCCUAAAUCCGGAAUUAGUGAAUUUUUUUUUGCAACUGGGGGCUGAUAUUAACCAUCGUUACAAAUAUGGAUACACUGCUCUCAGAAACCUAAUAGAUGCCAUACCAAGAGGUUUGCCUAGGAAUGCAGAAAGAGAUGAACGGGCUAAAGAAUGCCUAAAAAUCUUGAUAGCUGCCAAACCAGACAUCAAUGUUUUAGACUCAAGAGGCCUUCAACCCAUUCAUUACGCUCUUGUGCUGUGGUCAUGUUUUAAAUUUCCCACAGAGUAUCUUAUUUCCGAAAACUGUGAUUUCAGCGAAUUGUCUUUUUCUAAUAUGUGUGCUGUCUUUUACAGUGACUUUCGUGAAAAUUGUAAGGAUUUGAUGGACAUAAUUAAGAUUUUAUACGAUUGCGGUCUUUCAUACUCUCAGUGUCAGUCAUUCUCUGUUGCAUCAUGGGAUGUAGAGGACUAUAUCGAUGCGCUAACAUGUAGUCCAAGACGUCUAGUCUUUUUGUGUACGAUUUCUGUGAGGCAACAUCUCGGAAAGGGUAUAAAAUGGAAAUGUGAAGAACUACGAAUUCCAAAAACAUUGAAAGAUAUAAUAUUGCUUAAAGACAUUCUCCCGCCCGAAUGUUUCGAAUAAAAAAAUAUAUAAAAG